UUCACAUGCGUCAGUUGGAAGAGAAGUCGCCAGACAACAUCUCUGAUGGCUCCUCGGUACACACCAAGUAUGCGCUCCCGUCUGGCACCUAUGCUGCUUUUCUUGCAGCUAGGGUUCAUUGUGAUAUUUGCCUUUUACACUGAGAUCCAAAGCAGAGGAAACGAUUAUGGAAAAACUUUCAGCAACAUUUACCCCGAGUUCCAGGAUGUGAAUGUGAUUGUGAUACUAGGUUUUGGCUUCUUGUGCACUUUCCUGGUGCGGUACAGUUUCAGUGCCUCUGCCUUCAACCUCCUUGUGGCAGUCAUGGCAACCCAAUUGGCAAUCAUACUCAAUGGUAUUGAGUAUAACAGAGGAAAGAUCAGGCUAGAUUUGAGAAGCUUGGUAGAAGCUGAAAUGUGCACAGCUUCUGUCCUCAUUUCCAUUGGAGCUGUUCUGGGGAAGACCAACCCUGUUCAGCUUAUCCUCAUCGCCCUGCUGGAGGUGUCGGGGUUUAUCUUGAAUAAAUGGGUCCUCCAGACUCUGCUGAGGGUCUGGCUGCUGAACAGCAUCAUGGUGCUUCACAUCUUCGGGGCUUUCUUUGGACUCAUGCUGACCUGGAUCCUGCAUCGGAAAGGGCCAUUUGAAAAAGAGAAAUUUGACCACAAAACAGGAUUAUUCUCCAUGUUGGGGACUGUGUUUCUGUGGAUGUUUUGGCCCAGUUUCAACUCAGUCCUUGUGGACGAUGGUACUCCUGGGAGGAAGUUAGGGGCCGUGUGCAGCACCUACCUGGCCCUGGCUGUUAGUGCUGUAACAGCAGCUGCUGUGUCUAUGCUUUCCAGUCCCAAGGGAAAACUCAACCUGAUCCAUAUGCAGUCAUGCAUCCUUGCUGGUGGUAUUGCUGUUGGGGUCUCCAUGUCAGUGGUUCAUCAGCCAUGGGAAGCUAUGACAAUUGGAUUCACAGCUGCUGUUGUAUCAAGCAUUGGAUACCGUUACCUCAAGAUCCACAUGCUAUUUGCAUUUGACUGCCAUGACACCUGUGCAGUCCUCAGUACACACGGACUCCCUGGUCUACUGGGAUGGGUAGCACAUCUCCUCCUGAAGAUUAAAGACUGUGAUGAUCACACAAUGGCAAUCCGGUUUGCUGUAUUUCACAUUUGUAGUCUCCUCAUCACCAUCACCUUAAGUCUGUCCAUGGGAAUCAUUACAGGACUUCUACUCAAGUGGAAUUUGUGGAGACCAACCCAAGACAAGAAAUGUUUUGAUGAUCAGGCUUUCUGGGAGUUCCCCUAUCUUGCAGUGCGCAAGUAAGGCAGUGGAGACAAGUCUGGAAUCCUGGAAGUAGAAACUAUUUUCUGCAUAAAUUCAUGUCAAUGUAAAUAAUUGAUACAAUUAUUUUUAAUGCAAAGUAGUUAAUAGAAACUUUGUGUGUCCAAGGCUGUUGACAAAAAAAAUGAAAAAAAAAAAGGUUUAAGUGGAAAAGCAUGAAGAGAAGACUCAUUUAUUGUUCAGUAUGUUUAUGUUUAAUGCUGCCAUGGCUGUCGGAAAAUGACCUCAUGGUCUGGAUAUUACGUAAGCAAAAUGGAUAAGUGUAGCAGUCAAAUACAAAUCUCCAAUACACAAACUGCAUCCUACAGUUGUGAAACCUUUGUUGACUUCAGGUCAGCAGUGUGAGCUAAUUAACCCUCAACAAUAAAUCUGGAUGAUUACAACGUU